AUGGAUAACCAAUUACGGUCUCGCCAAAUGAACGGCAAGACCGAUACGCACAAGAAUGGCUCCAUGAAGGAGCACAUCGCCGGUGUCUCGAGGCCCGGCAUGGAUCCCAAAGUCGACAACCCGGAAGACUUCGCUUUUGGUGGCCCACUCGGCAACCUAGCGCUCAUGACUGGUUUCCCAUUGUUGAUGUACUACAUGUGGAUUGGUGCAACCUACUAUGAUGGGAAGCUACCUCUGCCACAAAAUGGCGAGUCGUGGACAGCCUUUGGGAAGCAUAUGUGCCACCUUGUCUACACCGGUGCAUUCCCACAUCUGGGAGCGUGGCGUAUCUAUUGGAUAUACUUUAUUCUUGAGGCGGCGUGCUACGUCUUCAUGCCUGGUUUCACGUGCUAUGGGAAACCUCUUCUCCAUCUGGGGGGUAAGCAGCUGAAGUAUCACUGCUCCGCUUACGGUAGCUUUUACUUCACGAUACUCGUCAUGGCUGUUCUGCACUACACUCGCCUGUUCCCACUUUACACCCUCCUCGAUGAAUUUGGUCCUCUGAUGUCUGUGGCGAUCCUUUCGGGCUUCCUCAACAGCUUCAUCGCUUAUGUUUCGGCAUUUGCUCGUGGUGCCCAGCACCGCAUCACUGGGUACCCAAUCCAUGAUUUCUUCAUGGGCGCUGAACUGAACCCACGCCUUUUCGGGAUCUUGGACUUCAAGAUGUUCUAUGAAGUCCGAAUUCCGUGGUACAUCCUCUUUGGUUUGAGCUGCGCUGCUGCUGCUCGGCAAUACGAAAACUACGGAUAUGUCUCCGGUGAAGUAUUGUUCUUGGUUAUGGCUCACUUUUCCUAUGCCAAUGCCUGCAGCAAGGCGGAACAAUACAUUACCACGACAUGGGACAUGUACCAAGAGAAACUAGGAUUCAUGUUGACUUUCUGGAACAUGGCUGGUGUCCCUAUGUCAUACUGUCACUGCAUCUUGUACCUGGCCAAUCGCCAUCCAUCAACAUAUGCGUGGAACAAGUAUGCCCUCGCGGCGAUGUUCGUUUCAUAUAUCUUCGUCUACUGGGUCUGGGAUACCGCAAAUAGCCAGAAGAACUCGUUCCGCAUGAUGGAGCGCGGCACCUUUGUGAAGCGCAGAACAUUCCCUCAACUGCCUUGGCAAGAACUCUACAAUCCUAAGACCCUUGUGACGGAAAAUGGCGAUACCAUCCUUGCCGACGGGUGGUAUGGACUGGCUCGCAAGGUCCAUUACAGCUGUGACAUGUUCUUCGCUUUAUCCUGGGGUCUCAUCACCGGAUUUGACAGUCCAUUCCCCUGGUUUUACUCUAUCUUCUUCGCAAUCAUGAUCACCCACCGUGCUAUGAGAGACAUCGCCAAGUGUAGGGACAAAUAUGGCGAGACAUGGAAGGAGUACGAGAAGCAGGUCCCAUACCUCUUCAUUCCAUAUGUGAUUUAA